GGACCGAAGGAGGGGUGCCGGAGGAGGGGUGCCGGAGGAGGGGGUACCCCUGAAGGGGCACGAUGUCUGGGUACCCCAGAUAUCUACCCCCUCCACCAUCCCUCGGGAUGUUAGGUCCAUCCCCCUACGGAUGCCGGCCUCUCCGAUAGAUGUACCUGUUUACAUAGGAGGGUGUCCCAACAACCCUGAAGGGACAGGACGGGACGCCUCGGAGGUACUCUCGUAG